CAAUAUAUAGCAGGAUUAGAUUCCCUACAAGUCAGGUUAAGAGUCCAUUGCAUGAAGUUGUGGGGUAAAGCCAAAGUUGUAGUGAAGACCCCAGGGUGUUGGAGAUGCCAGGGCUGGAGAAUGUUGGAGGCAAACUGCAAGCAUGGAGGUAAAGCCAACCCCCAAAGAGCUGUGUGUGCUACACAGCAGAGCUGGAGCAGUGGAGAUACUCAAGCCCUGGGGAGGCCAGCUGACUCUAUCAGGAGUUCAGGGGCCGGGCAUGGAGCUGCAGGAUGUGAUGGUUUCCUCGUUGGGUUUGGGUCUGAUCAUUCUUUACUAUGCCCAAAUUCCUUUCUUUUGGAACAAUAGUGUUGGAGAAUGUGUAAUUGUAUGUGGGAAAUAUAUAGGGUUUUUUUUUUUUUUAAUAUCUUUGCCAUAGUGAAGAGAAUUUUUUGAAGCUCUGAAUAGAGUUAGAUUUUGGGUUUUGAAAAAAGUGUUGGGACUGUUAACAUUUUAAAUGCACUUUGAGGUGAAAAUGAAACCUGGGAGGCAGAGAUGGAAUGUUAAAAUUCAAAGUGAUGCAUUGGGUGUUAUUGACAAGGAGUGGAGUUAUUCAUCUUGAUUGUCAAGUUUAUGCGAUUUAUGGUCAAUAUUUAUGGUCACAAAUCUCUGGGAAGAUCUGUGAGGGAUUUUCUAGAUUAUGUUCACUAGGUGAAAGACCCACCUCAAAUGUGGAUGCUGGCACCGUUCCAUGGAUCCUGGACUACAUAAGGAGGAUGAAGUUAGCUGAGCACAAACAUUCCUCACUCUCUGUUUCCUGGCUGUGGAUGCAACUGGUGGCCUCCUGCUUGAACUAGGACCAUGGACAUCGAAGCAUACUUUGAAAGAAUUGGUUAUCAGAAUCCCAGGAACAAACUGGACUUGCAAACAUUAACUGAAAUCCUUCAGCAUCAGAUACGAGCUAUUCCCUUUGAGAACUUGAACAUCCAUUGUGGAAAACCCAUGGAGCUGAGCUUAGAGGCCGUCUUUGAUCAUGUUGUGAGGAAGAAGCGGGGUGGGUGGUGUCUCCAGUUAAACCAUCUUCUCUACUGGGCUCUGACCAUGAUAGGUUUUGAGACCACAAUGUUGGGAGGACGUGUUUAUGUUUCCUCAGCCAGCAAAUAUAGCAACACCAUGCUUCACCUUCUGCUACAGGUGACCCUCGGUGGCCAAAAGUAUAUUGUAGAUGCUGCAUUCCCAUUUUCUUCCCAAAUGUGGGAGCCUCUGGAAUUGAUUUGAAAGGAUCAGCCUCAGGUGCCUGCCAUCUUCCACUUGACAGAAGAGAAUGGAACUUGGUACCUGGACCAAACUAUGAGGCAACAAUAUGUUCCAAACCAAGAAUUCAUUGAUUCUAACCUUCUUAAUAAGAGCAACCACCGAAAAAUCUACUCAUUUACUCUUGACCCUCUGACGAUUGAAGAUUUCGAGACUGUGAGCGCAUACUACCAGGUAGCUCCAACCUCUGUAAUGGUAAAUACAUCUCUUUGCUCCCUGCAGACACAAGAAGGGGUUCAUGGAUUAAUGGGCACCAUUAUUGCCCACAAGAAGUUCAAUUAUAAGGACAAUGUUGAUCUGGUAGAGUUGAAGACUCUGAAGGAAGAAGAAGUAGAAGAAGUGCUGAAGUGUAUAUUUGGUAUUCACUUGGAGACAAAAUUUGUGCCCAAACAUGGUAGUGAUAUUUUAACUUUUUAGGGGGAAAGUUCCUCAGUGUUUCUAUAUGUACUUAUUUUUUCAUGAUAAAAAAAUCAAAUUAUGCAAAUUAGGUGACAGAUUAAUAAACCCUGAAUCAAUACAAAGUUAAUCAAUGUCUGUCCCCUACAUUUUAUUAAGAAAACCCUAGACAUCAAAUUCCUUUUCCUAUAAAAUUACCCACUUCUGUAACU